AUGUCUCGCCUCGACUCUCUCAACGAGGCCCAACGUCGCGCCGUCACCUCCGAUGCGCCCACCGUCGCCAUUCUCGCUGGGCCCGGCAGCGGCAAAACCCAUACCCUCACCUCCCGCGUUGUCUGGCUUGUCCAACAGGCCAACUAUACGCCCUCGGACAUCGUCGUCGCCACCUUCACCGUAAAGGCCGCCCGGGAGAUGAAGGUGCGCAUCGCCAAGGCCCUUGGUGAGGAACUGGAAAAGAAAAUCAUCUUGGGCACCUUCCACUCCAUUGCCAGGCGCUAUCUGGCCAAGUACGGACGCCGCAUUGGCCUCGACUCCAACUUUGGCAUCGCCGACGACGGCGAUUCGAGAGCCAUCAUCCAGAGGAUAUGCAAGCGCCUCAGCCUGCAAAUCGAGGCCCCCUACGCAAGGUCCUGGAUCAGCAAGAAAAAGGCAAAAGGCACCACUCCCCCGCCGGCCCAGCCCGGUCGCCAGAAUUCGGUCAAUGCGGCCCUCCAAUCUUGCUACGACGAGUACCAGGCCCACCUGACCAGAGCGAACCUGCUCGACUACGACGACUUGCUCGUCUACUGCGUGCAGCUCCUGCAGGACCAUCCCUCCUGCGUUUCAAACAUCCAGGCGGUGCUGAUUGACGAAUACCAGGACACAAAUGGCAUUCAAUACGACCUCAUGAAGCUCUUCGCUCAGGCCCGCCACCGCAUCACCAUUGUCGGAGACCCCGACCAGAGCAUCUAUGGCUGGCGCUCGGCCGAGAUUCGGAACCUCUAUCGCCUCCUGCGCGACUACCCCAAGACCGACGAGGUCUCCUUGGAAGAAAACUACCGAUCCUCUCAGUGGAUUCUCGACAUGUCGCUCAAUGUCAUCCAGCAGGACAAGAAGCGCUAUCAAAAACGGCUGGUCCCCGUUCACACAAGGGGCGCCAGGCCGGUCCUGAGGAAACUCAAGAGCUCGGCCGCAGAGGGGGAAUGGAUCGUGUCGGAAAUCAGACGAGCAGUCAUGCUCUGCGGGGCAAUGCUCAAGUUCGAAGACGUGGCCAUCCUGCUUCGGUCUGCCUCUCUGUCAAGACACAUUGAAUCCGCACUCGGCAAGGCCGGUGUGGCGUACCGCAUGGUUGGCGGGCACAAGUUUUACGACCGCAAGGAAAUCAAGGUCUUACUCGACUAUCUCCGCGUCAUCCAGCACCCCGAUAACAACGACGCACUGGCCAGGGUCAUCAACGUUCCGCGCCGGGGCAUCGGAGAAACAACCAUCAAGUCGCUCUUGGAGGAGGCUGAGCAGGCCAAGAUAAGCCUAUGGAAGCUAUUGUGGCGCCAUUGCCGGGAAGGGCGAGGAGCAAAGACAAACAUCAGGGCCAAGAUGGAGCAAAAGCUAAAUACGGAACUGCUGAGAAUAACGUCCAGUCUUCGAAAAAAGGUGGAGCAGCUGACCGAGAGCAGUCCUCUGACGUUGGUGGAUCUGAUUGAAGAUCUUGUCCACCAGCUCGACUUCAAAAAAUAUUUGCAGGCAGAGUAUGCUGAAGACCAUGAGGGACGAUGGGCCAACGUCCAGGAGCUGGUCAACUUAGCCGGGGACUUCACGCGCGACUUCGGCAAACCGGACGAGGAAGCUCUGCCGGAGAUCGAGGGCGUCGAGCAAGCCAAGGACGACGAUUUGCUGAGCCGCUUCCUCGCCAACGUGGCCCUGGCAUCUGAUGCGCAGAAAGAUGGCGGUGAGGGGGACAAGGCGUCGCUGGUGACCAUUUCUACCAUACACGCUGCCAAGGGUCUAGAGUGGCCCAUUGUCUUCGUCCCGUCAGUGUACACCGGAUCCAUCCCUCACUCCCGCGCCGAGGACUCUGACGAGGAGAGGCGGCUUCUGUAUGUGGCCAUGACUCGGGCCCAGGCGCUGCUCUACCUGAGCUGCCCACUCUAUGGAUCGCAAGGGACGGGCAAUAAGGUCGAGCUGUCGCCCUUUGUGUCUCCGUUUGCGGGCACGCUUGCUCCCCAAGGGCCAUCCUUUGACGGGCCCGUUCUCGAGGGGAUUGCCAAUAUUCUGGGCAGGGUGGCGCCGACGGACAAGACCAUCUACGCCCAGGUUCCCCCCAUGUUCUCGCCAGAGGACGACCUCUUUCCGAUUGACCCCUUCGACCCCAAAAACGCUGAUGGCAUCGAAGAUGGUAGCGGGCACCUUGCGAGGACCUCAAAGCGGCAACGUACCGUCUACUCCAACAACGGAGAGGGCGGUGACGAAGAGGAAAAACCGUGGCGACCAGACUACCUCACCACGAUGGAGAGCGCGUCCGAGUUCACAAUGUCGUCCCUGCCUGGGUUUGUCUCUGCGGGUGCUCACCACUCGGCUUUGGCGGCAGCGGCGGCGAUUGAACAGGAAAAGGCAGCCACCAUUGCGAAGCAAGGUCCAAGGACGGUUACUUGUCGUCGUCGGCCAGAUCAACGAAGCCUCCUUGGAUUCGUGACCCAAGAGCCGAGGGCGCAGAAGACGCCGCCCCCCAAGGCUGUGGCCGCAGACUUAUCACUUGCCCGGUACCGAGCUGCUGCAUCGCGACAUGCUGCCCAAGCGGCGCCUGCGCCGACAUCAGUCGACGCCUCCAAGCCCGGCAUCGAUCCGGCACUAGCUCACCACAGGCUGCCGCAGGGUAGGACAUUCACGCGGCCAAACGCGCUGGCGCCACGAGACGACAAUCCUAGGCAACAAUACGCGUGCUUCUCGAGCCCUCCGCCACGACCGCCAUCGCCGGACAAGGCGCAGGCGAAGGAGGAGGCUUCGGCGACGGAGCCGCUACGGCCGGCGGCGAGCUUCCACACGACGACCUUCAUGUCGUCGAAGCCCCUGGCUGGCGUGAGGCGGCCGGCGAGCAUGGGCCCGCCGCCAUCGAUGGAUCGGCUGCGCAAGCCGUUUAAGCCGUUGACGAUGAGCCGACCUGGCGGUCCAGGUCGAUGA